AUGGGAGCUUCGACGGUGGCUUGGGUCCAUGGGGGUGAUUGCCGAAGGAAGAUGAGCUUGAUAGUGGUGGUGCGAUGGCGCAGUGGCGCAAGCGUUGAGACCCAUUUCGGGUUGCUCGCGUGCUACGAAGGGAGGAGCUGCCAAGGGGCUUCGAUGGUGGGGUUUGCUCGCCGGCGUGAGGGGAAGCCGGUGACGUGGUCGGUGACACCCACGGUGGUGCAUGGCUGCUUGAGGGAGGAGAUCGGAGCCCUCCUCACUCGUGAAGGACCUAAUCACAUUCCCGAGUUUGGCCAUGAUGUAGUACAUGGCACUGGUGUCGGGUAUGGUGGUGGAGGAUCAGGAGGUGGCUCUGGGUAUGGAGGCUCAUGGGAACAUGGUGUUGGUGGCUAUGGUAGUGGAGGCGGUAGUGGAGAAGGAGGUGGAGUAGGCUAUGGAGCUGCUGGUGGACAUGGUGGAGGAUACGGAGGAGGUGGUGGUAGUGGCGGCAGUUAUGGUGUAGGAGGAACUGGAUAUGGGAUCGGUGGUGGUGAAGGAGGAGGAGGGGGAUAUGGAGCUGGUGGUGAACAUGGGGUAGGAUAUGGUGGUGGUGGUGGAGGAGGAAAGGGUGGCGGUAGUGGUGGUGUUGUGGGAUAUGGAGCAGGUGGAGAGCAUGGUAUUGGUUACGGAGGUGGUGAAGGAGGUGGUGCCGGAUAUGGAGCUGGUGGUGAUCAUGGAGCUGGAUAUGGUAGUGGCAGUGGUGGAGGAAAAGGUGGUGGUUAUGGUGUAGGAGGGGAGUAUGGUGCUGGUUAUGGAGGUGGUGAAGGGGGAGGUCACGGUGGUGGCUACGGUGUAGAAGGAGAACAUGGGGCUGGCUAUGGAGGGGGAGGUGGUGGUGGGACAAAUUAUGGUGCUGGUGGAGCACACGGAGGUGGAUAUGGAAGUGGUGGAGGAAUAGGUGGAGGUUAUGGUGGUAGUGGUGGUGGUGGUGGUGGCUAUGGUAGUGGCAGUGGCAGUGGCUAUGGUGUUGGAGUUGAACAUGGGGUAGGAUAUGGAGGUGGUGGUGGGAGUGGCGGCGGUGGUGGCACAAGUUAUGAUGCUGGUGGAGCACACGAAGGUGGAUAUGGAAGUGGUGGAGGAACAGGUGGAGGUUAUGGUGGUGGCGGCGGCGGCGGCGGCGGCUAUGGUAGUGGCAGUGGCUAUGGUGUUGGAGUUGAACAUGGGGUAGGAUAUGGAGGUGGUGGUGGGAGUGGUGGAGGUGGUGGCCAUGGUGGCUAUUCCCCUUGA